ACCGGCACUUCAGCUCAUCAUUCCAGUUUCGACACGUCCAUGUUUGCCGUCGUUCGUUUCGGAUGUCCUGUCGUCAACGUUCUCGUUAGUCCGUAACGCGUUACCGUUCUGUUAUCGCCGUCGUGUAUCCUGUGCUGCCCAAGACAACGUCUCGUUCCAGUGCCCGCAGGAAUAAGCAUCGUUUGCACCGUUGGAGCAAGGUUGCCGACUGGUCUCCGCCGACUCUUCGCCAUCGAGUCAUUCACGUUCACGAUUGUACUGAAGGAAUCGGGAAAAAAUGAAGUCGCGAACAGUCACUACUAUGAUCAUGAUGAUGGUCGUUCUACUCGUCGUGCCACUUCUAGACGUUGAAGGGGAAGUUACACCUAAUGUCCUUACUACAACUCCCCCAACCUCUACAAUUGUGUCAGCCACAUCGCAGCCUCAUCCAAUGACACCCACGUCGCAGCCCCAUCCACCAACAACACCAGCCACAGCAACUCCGGCACGAACACAAACCACAGGACCAGAGGAUGUGGUGUCGCCUUCAGGCUCAACCAGCAUGAAAGAGGAUUCAACUUCAACGUCCCUCAUAAGGGCUACUUUUGCAGUCUCUCUUGCUCAUCUACUGCUGGCUAUUCUUUAUGAACUUGUCAGGAAUUGUACAUGGAUUCGGACAAUAUUUUGUAGGGUGUUCGACAGGGAAAGCGUAGUGAAUGCCGCAGAUCUUCAACUUGAUGACUGAAGGGGACGUUCUUUGGUGGCUGUCAAACAUGCUUAGCGCAUUUCAUCUUGCUCAGCUGGUUGCCAAGCCAACGCCCUGGAAGGCUGUGUACUCGGAGACUGUUGAAAACUAACCAUCAUAACUACAGCUGUUAGCUGCCCUGCAUUGCGGUGGUGAAGCUACUUGGAUGACCACAUCUCCAUGCAAGGCUGCUGUUGCUGGGAAAGUAACUAUGGGUAUUGAGAUCGUUUGUAAAUUCCGACAUAUUGUUCAACCAAUCUAGUACAUGACUUGCAUACUCACUCCACUAGGAGAUACUCGUGUUUAAGUCCUAUAGUCUGAUCUUAGUUCCAUGCAAUCAGUUUAUGCCCUCGUUGUAAUCAAUGUUGAUGAACUGCCUGGUUUCCAAAGCAUUUUGCCUGUGUUUGACAUUUCCUUUGUUUUGCUGGAUCAGCUGAAGUCAUGGUGAUUAAACUCAGUUUAGUCCAAUAAUACUGUGCAAGAUAAAGUGACUUGCAUUGAGGACCAUUGCAUGCAUUCACGUAUUACGCACGCAGGCGUAAAUAUUAAUACUGUUGUUGUUAUGGACUCGCAUGAGCUGAUUGUUUAGUAACCGGUGGUGUUAGUUGACAGUAUAGCAUAACUUUCAGUUCCUUGGUCCUUUCACUGUUGUUGCAAGUAAAUCCUACUGAAAUCCAUGAAUAGCAGUUCAGAGGUACUCUAGCGAUCACAACAAAUAGUACAUUGCUUUGUAUAUUACCAACGUAUAUGGCCGAUUGGUUUGCAGGCCUGCCUGCGAAUCAUGAGGUCCCGAGUUCAAGACCCGCGCUGGUAGCAGGGAGCGUGUAAAAAGACUUUUUACGCGUGUUGAA